AUCGGCUCCAUGGCUGGAGCCGUUAUUCUCGCCUCGGCAACCAUUGGGUGGGUGCAGGGGAGGAAACGGAGGAACAUAUCGAGAGGAAUAGAGGAGGAUGAGAUGGAGAUGCAAGAAAAGGGGAACAACAAUGGCGAUGGAAAGCUGGUUGUUUUUGAGGGAGGCGAGCAUCUAACUCUUGAGGACGUUCUUAACGCCACCGGUCAAGUGGUGGAAAAGACGAGCUAUGGAACGGUAUACAAAGCUAAGCUCGCUGAUGGCGGCAACAUUGCUCUGCGCCUACUCAGGGAAGGAACCUGUAAGGAUCUGUCUUCUUCUUCCCCUGUAAUACGUCAGCUCGGCCGUGUCCGCCAUGAAAAUCUCGUUCCUUUAAGAGCUUUCUACCAUGGGAAGAGGGGAGAGAAGCUCUUGAUCUACGAUUACCUCUCAAGCAGAACUCUCCACGACCUUCUCCACGAUACCAGACCAGGAAGACCUGCAUUGAACUGGGCGAGGAGGCACAAGAUAAUCCUUGGCGUCGCUAGGGGACUAGCAUACCUCCAUGGAGGUACUGAAACUCCCAUCACUCACGGCGCAGUUCGAUCAAAGAACAUCAUCGUUGAUGAUUUCUUCGUGUCGAGGCUAACGGAAUACGGUCUCGAUAAGAUCAUGAUCCCUUCCAUUGCUGAUGAGAUGGUUGCUUCAGCAAAAGCAGAGGGCUACAAGGCGCCGGAAUUGCAGAAGAUGAAGAAAAGCAAUUCGAGAACUGAUGUCUACGCAUUUGGUAUACUUCUGCUUGAAAUUUUGAUAGGGAAGAAGCCGGGGAAAGGAGCUCGGCCCGGGGAGUGGAUCGACUUGCCGGCAUUGGUGAAGGUGGCGGUGCUCGAGGAGACGACAAUGGAUGUGUUUGAUAUAGAGGUGCUUAAGGGUAUAAGGAAUGCAUCCGAUGAAGGGAUCGUGCAGGCGUUGAGAUUGGCGAUGGGGUGUUGUGCUCCGGUCGCUUCGGCGAGGCCGGACAUGAAUGAGGUUGUGAGGAUUUUGGAGGAGAACCGGCCGAGGAACAGGUCGGCCCUUUAUAGCCCGGCCGACACCACGAGUGAGAUUGGUACACCAUUCUGACGAGCUUGUGAGCUUGCCAUUGAUCUUUGGUACAAGUUUCAGAGGUAAAAAGGUGAUGAUUUGAAUUCAAAUCCUUUUUCAUCUUUUCUUAUAGCUGUGGUGGAGCACUUAAUUUAUGGCUAUUUUGAUAUAAAAAUCAUAAAUUUAGUCUAAAAAAAGAAUGUUUUUAGCUAAUUGUUGCUUAAUUUGAGAUAUAGGUGUAGGGUGGUUGCUAGCCUUAAGUGUAAUUGAAGCCAUGGUUAUGCAAAAGAUUAAUUAAGAUAAUUCAAUGUAACA